AUGGAUUCAUCAUCAUCGUCUGCUGCAAAUACUGUUAAUAUGGCUCGAUCAAUUAUACUCAAUACUUAUUUUGUCAUACUUAUUCUGGGAGUAAUUGGUAAUUGUCUCAAUAUUCUGGUUUUUACUCGAUUGAAAAUCUUUCGAGGAAAUCGAUGGGCUUUCUAUUUAACAUUUGCGGCUAUAGUUGACAUUGGCUAUAUUAUUGUUCUUUUUGCCAGUAAUUUUUUACAAACCAUCAAUACAAAAGAUCCUCAAACAUAUACACUUGUCUGGUGUAGAAUUCGAUCAAUACUGUUUCAGACAUUAACACUUACAUCAUUUUUUACAAUAUGUUUUGCUGCAUGUGAUCAAUUUUUUUCAACAAGUUAUCGAUUAAAUAUGAGACAAAUUUGUACAUUUCGAAUGGCUCAAUGUUUCACAUUUGGAAACAUUUGUAUUUGGUUUUUACACAGUAUUAUAUACGGUGUUUAUCUGCAAAUUCAAGGUUCACUUGGAUGUAUCAUUACGAAUCCAAUAAUGAGUUCCUAUUCAUCAUCAUUUUUCUAUUCAGUUCUAUAUGGUCCAUUACCACUUGUUAUUGCAGUAUUUUUUAGUUUAUUGGCUUUUAGAAAUGUUCGACGUAUUGUUCGACGACAAGUACCAAUUGAACGUCGUCAACUUGAUCAACAAAUGACGGCUAUGAUUUUAAUACGUGUGUGCUUUUUUGUGGUAUUUGCAUUGCCUUAUUCGAUCUAUAAAAUCUAUACUAUAAUUACUCCUAUUCCAUCAGCAACUCCUUUUCAAAGUGCAAUCAAACAAUUACUUCAAGUAUUAUUUACUUUGUGGACUGGAAUUAACUUUACGUGCGCGUUUUAUAUUUUUGUGGCUUCAUCACCUGCAUAUCGUCGUCAACUAAGACAUCUCUUAGUGAAACGGUAUUGGCGACGAUGGCGUGCUACUAAUAAAAAUCGAAUCACUCCUGAAAACAGAGCACCAACUGCUUCUGAGAUUGAAUUUGAAUAG